AUGGUUUCUCACAACAAUGCAAUUCCUCGUUUAUCGGCCGGGUUAGAUUUAUUAUCAGAUAAAUCAAAAUCGGGUCAAGUAGCGAAGGAGAAGGCACAGUCAAAGAUGAAGUAUUCACACACGUUACUUGUCCCGGGAAUGAUUGUGCAGACGAGUCUUGGCGAUCCACUCAAAAUCAUGCAAGUGAUACACUACGGGGAAUUUGGUGAUAUAUAUGAGGUGGAAGAACCUGGGGAAAAAGCCCGUUUCUGCUUGCGAACCGAGACAAAAGAUUGCCCACUAGCUUUCCAAAGUCUUGAUAAAGGUAUACGACUCACACAACGUUAUUCGCUGACUGAGCGCCGAUUGAGUCGCCAUGCAGUUGAAUGUGCAAAACGAACGGGUGAUGUUGGCGAGUUGAACGAUCUACGCUAUUACACUUACGAGCUUCUUGGACCGAAUUUGGAUGAUGUGCGCCGCUAUCAUCUACAGACCAGCUUUGACCGUGCAACCGCUUACUUUCUUUGUGGAAGCAUGACCAGAGCUAUAGGCGAACUGCAACGACUCGGCUACACUCAUAGACGUUUAUCUCCAAAGAUGUUUUGUCUGGGAAAUUCGUUUCGUCAAACCGUCGUUUACCUCGUUGGCUACUCACACCUUCAAUAUGUUAAAUGGCCCAAAAAGCCGCACAAAAUAUAUCCUCCGGGUUUCAAGUCGAAGAUACGCGGCGACAAAACGUUUCACAGUCUUGCUGCUCAUCGACAAGAGCCUGUCUAUUUUCGUGAUGAUCUGGAAUCCUUGGUUUAUGCAUUCAUCGACAUUUUCAAGAUGGGAGCUGUUCCGUGGAAAAAAGCAAGUGAAGAAGAGAUGAUCAAUCAGAAAAUGCAAAUUCGAACCGGGAGAUAUGACGGUUUUCAACGGUUGCUUCCACCAGAGUUUCAGCUGAUCUUCCGUUAUUUGCGCACUUGUGACCGAACGGAUCGCCCCGAUUAUACAACAAUCUACGAGAUUAUUGACAAAUGUGCCAUGCGUAACGGAAUUGACAUUCGAGCGGUGGUUCCCGAUUUUUGCAGUGGCGGCUUCACAAAUUAUUGUGUCCGUCCGGCACCAAAAGAAAUUUCGGCUGCUGAUCUUGAGUAUAAUGGUGACAGUGACCAAGAGACCUAUGCGAAAGAGAUUGAAAAUGAAGCAAAACUGCGCGUUCAGAGCGAGGUGGAAGUGUACAGCACGAUCAGUGAAAAAGACUCCCCACAACGAGUUGCUAUCAAAGCAGCGACGAAAUUGAGGAAGGGUGAAAUGACGAAACAGAGCCACGAGCCUCGACAACUCAAAAUCGACGAGAAUAUUUUCCUGGUC